CAGAAUAGGCCUGCUGGGUACGAGUCUACAAAAUGCCAAGAAAAAGCUGUGUGGAACCUGAUGGAAUGACCAAAAAGUCACGUGUAGUGAUUAAUCCUCGCCAGAAGUGGACUGAAGAAAUGGAGAAAGCGAUUUUAGAUUACGCCAAGGAUGGCAUAUCCAUAGGAAGACAAUUCGAAAAGCCAACCGCACCCGAGUACUACAAAAAUUUCUUACGCAUUCACCAACUUCCACUUUUUGAGAAUAUUAACAAUGCUAAGCUUGUUCAACAUAUGAAGAAUAUGAAGGCAUCGUACAAUAAAGCUUUGGAAUGGCGAAACAAAACUGGACAAGGCAUUCUUCAAGAAAAUGUCGAGACAGGAAGUGAUACUGUAAAAAUGGAGCUAAUCAAGCGUUGUAAAUUCUUUUUCGAGUUGGACGAAAUCCUCGGUGACAAGCCUCACAUCAAUCCUCCUUACAUCCAUCAUAGUGAUGAUAUUGAGUUGGAUGGUGACGGAACAAGUUUGGAAAUAGAAAUUGAUACAAAUGAUGAUACAACUGUUGAUACACUCGUGAACCUACCUGAUGAUAUAGAUAAUAUAGAUGCUUCGAGUUUUCAAAUUAUUGAACACGUUGUUGAAACACCCACUACAUCGACGUCAGAGGAUGAACCUUUAAAGAAAAGAUUACGAAAAAGCCCUAUUAAGUCUGCUGCAGCGGCGCUAGAAAAUUCUCUGAAAGCAAGAAUUGUUGUUGAAGAGAAACGUCUGAAUUGGGAAAAGGCAAAGGAGGUACAGAUGCAUGCUGAACAACAGACACGAUUCCAAAUAGAACAAGAAUUUAAGCAGCAGCAAUUAAAGUUCGAAC